AUGGCUGAAAUUCUAGAUCAUUGUUAUUUGAAGCAACAACACCUUCAACAUUUCUUUGUCAAUUGUUAUGUGUAUGGUAGAAUUUUAUUUGUGAGCAGAUCAAGAAAGCUAACAAACAAAUUCAUCACUUUACUUGUGUUGAUCUCUGGUAAGCUUCUCACUGCGAAAUAUUUUAAAGGAUACUUGCUUAACCGAAUAACUGAAAUGGCGUUGUCGCCAGACAGGAUCAGUCUGAUGCUGGAAUGCAAGAUUUGCUUAGAUACUUACAAUACGCCUAAACAUCUUAACUGUGGACACACGUACUGUCACGGCUGUUUAGACGACAUUUUGUCAUUUAAUGAAGAUGGAAGUGCUGAACUAAAUUGCCCACUUAGAUGUUCAAACAAAACAAUAAUAAAUGAACACGAAACGACAUCAUACUUACCUACUUCUUAUUGUCUUGCUGACAUUUUAAAUAAUGUAGAAGAAAAUGGAAAAGGCAAUGCCCUAUGCAGACAAACUGAGAAUUGCAAACAGCCUGUUCGUUACUUCUGCAGAAUUUGUGCUGCGAAGAUCUGUGAGAAAUGCCAAAAAAUACAUUCUUGUGAAAACAAAUCAUUCGUUACUGUUAGUUUUAACGAAAAGUUACAAGAAAUUCAUCCCUUAUGCAGUCAACAUAACUCCCUGGCUAAGCAAGUGUGCAUCGAAUGUGAUAGUCAGUUUGUGUGUGUGUAUUGCGUCCACAGGGAACACAAAGGUCACAACACCAAAAGCAUAACUGAAUAUGGCAUUGAAUUAAACAAGCAUUUUCAAACAUUUGAAGAUACAAUAGUUGAAUUAGAAAAAUUAUCAGAAAUAUAUCAUAAAACUUUGAUGAAGCUCGAAUGUGAGAGAAAGGUAUUUGUUCAAGAACUGGAAAUGAGAAAACUGAAAUGCAUAGAAAGAUAUCUUAGCAUUUUAAAUGAAGAAGAAAAGAAUAUGUUGAAGGAUUUUGAUGAAAAAUCAGAAAAAUUCAAAGCCGAGAUAAUGCGUGUUGGAUGCAUAGAUAGGACUAAAAUGAAAGAAUUUACAGAUGAAAUAAAGGCUUUUAAAUUAAAGUCCAAUUUCGAACUGAUUGCUGAAAAGGUGGAAGUUGAAAGAAAACUACGAAAUCUUUCUUCCUUACCGCCCAGUAUUGCAACAUUUAAUUCACACCUCCAACAACUAAAUAUGGAGAAGUUAUCAAGAAACCCACUAGGGAAAUUAAAAAUUUCCAUUGAUGAAGUUAAGUCACCUACUGUCAUUUCGGGCGCAUCGUCUCCUUGUAAAAAUCUGAUUGAAGGAUCUGAAAAAUGUUUCGACUUCUCACGACUAGCAAUUGAUUUAUCGCGUAUUAUGGAAAGUUUAAAAGGCGACUUCAACAUUACAUUGAUGCACUGUAUAGCUUAUUCCUCGUACAAUUUAUUAGACGUUCAGUUAAAAUUUUAUGGAGUUAUAGGAGUUAUAUUUGCACAAAAAAAAUGUUCAGCGGAUUAUGAAUAUGCAAAAUACUUUAGCUUCUAUACGCACUCCCAAAACACAUAUCGAUUUGAAAAUUUUAAAUGUGAAAAUGCUGGAUUGAUAAAGAACAUAAGCACGUUUUGUCGGACUGGCUACACUUGUGGUCUAGUUAAGUUUAACGAGAUCCCUCUCAACACAGAAAAGGGUUACCAUCCUUGUGAUACGACUGCUGCCACGACUGUAAGGACUUUAGAAAAUGAACGAUGGUAUUUUGGUUGUAUCACUCGGGAAGAAAGUAUUCGCUAUCUUAAACAUCCCGAAAACAAAUCUGGGGCUUUCUUAAUUCGCAAAAGUGAAAAUCCAUCCAACGGUCAAUUGUACGUAUUAUCCAUGUUGAAAGGGGACUUUGUGUCCCAUUUUAGUAUAAAAAGAAAGUUCGUCCUUUCAAAAAUGCAGGAAUGCAAUUCGUUAAACGAACUGCUACAUCAUUGCAAGCGUGACUGGCCCCUAGGAGAGCCAUGCAUAAAAGUAAGUGUGCAAUAUAAGUAUAGUAUUUAUUUGUUUUGCUGAAAAUAUAUUAUAUCGUAUAUAUAGUAUAUAUAGUACAUACAUAUAUAUUAUCGUUUAUCACAGUUGUUGUAAGGGGCAAAAGAGGUAUAUCAGUUAGAGCUGGCUUCAACCUCUUUGUGUGACGUCUUUAGUCAUUUUAAAAUUAAUGAAAAUACUGUUACUUAUCUAAAGAGCGUUAAAAACAUUCUAACUAAUUUUUCGUCAUAUUUUUAUGUUAGUAGUAAUAAUUGACCGUAACAUACCUUCCUGCUUUUUAACCUAAGAAAGGAUAAGUACUAGGAAAAUACCUCAAAAUACGAUAUAUUGUUUAUGUUGAAUUAAAGUGGGAAAAAGUGGGAAAAACUA